AUGAAAGAAGACAUAUCUUUUGAUUCUGAUUAUGAAUUAAUUCAAUUCAAUGGUAAUUUAAAACAAGAGAAUGAAACCAGCAGUAAAAAUGUUUUGCCAGAAAAUCAAAUAAAUGUUGAAGAAUUAAAACAAACUUUUCAACAAAUGAUUGAUGAAAUAAAAAUGGAAAAUGUUAAACAAAAUGCUGAUUUAAAAGAACUUAUUGAGCAGAAAAAUGAAAAAAUAAUUUGUUUGGAAAAUAAAGUUAAACAGAAGAUGGAGGAAUCAACUGACAAAAAGUUUGGAGAAUUGACUGAGGAAUUGGAACAAAUAAAUAAUACAGACAAUCAAUUGUGUUUCGUUCAUGUUUCGAAUAAAUGGAAAGAAAUUAAAGAAAAAUGUGGUGAUUGGUUUACGGAGGAUUGUUGUGAAGCUAAAUGUAUAAAUACAGAAAAACCUAUUGGAAAGUGUGUUAAGGGAAAUGGAUUUGCUAAUGUGAUUAGUGAUGAAAACAUUAAAUAUAUUGAGGCUAAGACGGGUGUUCGUCUUUAUAGACGUGAUAAGCCGACUACUGUUUAUUGUGAAAAUUCAUUUAAUAAACCAAAGGACAGUUCUAACUAUUCCUUAUUUUAUUUUGAAGUUAAAUAUAUAAGUAAAAUUAAAGAGGAGAGAAUUAAUCAUAGAAGCAUUAAUAUCGGUCUUUCUAGCAAAAAUUAUGUAAGAUUGAUUUUUGAUGUACAUGGUAGUAAAGAUAUCUGGUUUAAUGUUCAAAAUCAACAAAAUCAACAUGGAUGCAUUAGUCUUAAAAAUAUUCUUUGGAAUAACAAUGAUAUUUUUGGGUGUGGAUUAGUGUAUCCACCAACUAAUACUAACAACUUUUCUUAUGUUUUCUUUACUCAUAAUGGAAAACAAAUUGGUAUUAAGAAUUUUGGUGCAUUCUGUUAUAUUUCAGCAAUUUACUUUAUUUUCCUUCUUCUUUUGUAUAGGAUUAGUUAUAUUAAAUUCUCUAGUAAUAAGCUGGCUCUGCGUGUUAAGGGUGGCCGAAGUGUACCAGGCAGGGUUUGA